GUGCUAGAGUCUAAGUUAACGUCUCCACCGGAUGUUGUUCUGAGCACCUAUAAAUGUGAUUAACUGAGACACUGGCCUGAAAAAAGGGAAAUUAGCCCCAAAAUGGGUGAAAGUUCAUGGGCAAUCCCAGCUCUCGGACUUCGCCCACCCCUGCUGCCCUGCGUUGUGCAGGAGGACAAAAACAUUUGGCUAAUGAGUGACAGGAGUGCAGCAGGGCCUCCCCUGCCAUUGCUCACCGUGUCCCCAAUCAGGGAGGGGGGAUUUUGCAAUCCAGGAUGUUAUUUCUGUGCCGUUGGAGUUUAAACUUUGCCACUUGGGUCACGGCAGCGCAGAGGAGGAGGAGGUGGAGGUGUCCCUGCUUGGUGUCUGCUGGCUCCCCUGUACGCUGAGGGUGUUGAGGAGACAGGACGAGCCGGUGGGAGUGGAACCUCGCACAUAGGUCAACCAGUUGGGCAGCUGCUUGGUUAGCUGGGUUGUCAGUUGGCUGAUCUGUGGGUUGGGCAACUGCCAUGGCCUCUGGCGUGGGCAGCCUCGACCUGCUGGACCUCCUCUUCGACCGCCAGGACGGGAUCCUCCGCAGUGUGGAACUUGGGAGACCACCAGGCACCUGGCACGAGGACAGGCAUGCCCAGGACAGUGAGGACUUCCUCAGCUCCAUUCUGGGCUCCGGGGACUCGGCAUCUGGCUCUCCCAGCUGGUCCCCAGCCACCAGUGACAGUGGGGUCUCCGAGGACCCCCCCUCUGACCAGCUCGACAGCCCCCCCGGGGGCUGUGAUGUGGGUCCCAAUGAGGUCCUGUACCCCUACACCAGUCCCUGUGGGGCUGUGCCCAUCCCGGGUGGGGCUGGGGUCCUGCAGCCUGAAGUCUCCAUCGACCUGGACAUGUGGCACCCUGGCUUCUUCCUGGAGGAGAAUCAGGACCUGCCUGUGGUCCCCCCACCUGCAUCCUGCACCCUCACUGUCAAGGACCUGCUGCUCUCGAGCAGCAAUGAUGCCCAGCCACCGGUGCACAGCUCCCUGCUGAGGCCGAGCCAGGGCCAGUUCCAGGAGCUGGUGCUGACGGAGGACGAGAAGAAGCUGCUGGCAAAGGAGGGGGUGUCCCUGCCCACACAGCUGCCCCUCACUAAGUACGAGGAGCGGGUGCUGAAGAAGAUCCGUCGGAAGAUCAGGAACAAGCAGUCGGCUCAGGAGAGCCGCAAGAAGAAGAAGGAAUAUAUUGAUGGGCUGGAGAGCCGGAUGUCAGCGUGCACAGCCCAGAACCAGGAGCUGCAGAGGAAAGUCCUGCACCUUGAGAAGCAGAACUCGUCCCUCCUGGAGCAGCUGAAGAAGCUCCAGGCCCUCGUGGUGCAGUCAAGCAACAAGGCAGCGCAGACGGGAACUUGCAUUGCGGUCCUGCUGCUCUCCUUCACUCUCAUCAUCUUCCCCUCCAUGAGCCCCUUUGCUGCCAGCAGGGCCGAGGCAGACGGUGACUUCAGACCUGUGCGAGUGUUCUCCAGGUCCCUGCACAAUGCAGCUGCCUCCCGCGUGGCUUAUACACAGCCCCAGGUUGGGGAUGAGAAGCCCCAAGAGCCAAUGUGGUCAGAGCGCCUGGGCAAGACCCUGCACCAAGUCUUUGGUGGGCAUGCGUUCACCCCACGUCUGGAUAAAGUGCCUCCCCAUAACGACACGCAGCCAAUUCCCUCUGGGGGGCUGAGCCAUGGGGAUGGGGUCCAAAGUGUCCCCGUGUCAGAGGAUGGCACUGCAGUGCACCAUGGCCUGGCACCGCUGGCUUGGAGUCAGGCUGAGCACAGCAGGCCCACGGCGUUGGAGCCGGCCGAGGAGCUUUAGGGAGCAUCUGGGGAUCACACUGGGGUGGUGCAGGGUGGCACCUCAGGGUGACCCCUUUAGGAUCUGGCCCUGGGCAUGGGUGGAUGCUGGACAUGCUUGGCUUUGCUUAUAUCUGUGAACUGGGAAAAUGAGAUGGUUCCCAGUCGCCUUACUGGAAGCAGAGGUUUGGCUCCAGCCUCCUGUGCAGCAGGAGCUGCAGGGACCCUGGGCUGGACAAUGUUGCAACUGGUAGGUUUUGGGUUUGGUUUUUUUAAGCUUUAUUUUCAUCU